CCGGCGGCUGCCCGGGCGCUGACGGCGGAGCUGGGAGGCCGGAGGGCGGACAUGCUGGGGGUCGUUCGUAUCCUCUCCCUGCUGCUGGUGCCGCUGCUGCUGGGCUCUGCGCGCGGCUUGCGCGCGGAGCUGACUUGGAAACCUGCCCUUGGCCACUGUCCUAUCUAAGGAACUCACCUCCCAGAGCCCGCCCGCACAGAACUGGCAGGGGACCCUCUUAGGAUCAAAGGCGAUGGCGAUCUUCAGGCAGCUGUCCCUGGGCGCAAAGGCCGCCCUGGCAGCCGGCACUGUUUUCGUGUCCAUGGUGGUCUCCCGCUCCUACCUGGCGGAGAGCCUGGAGCUCAGGGCCUGGCGAUGGCUGUUCCGCCUGCAGCUCGCCCUGUUUGCCAACUCGCUCAUGCUCCUCGGCUCCCUCUACAUCUGGCGCAGCACGGUCAGCAACCUCAGCCACCCCCCAGCCGCGGAGUCGGCCUGUUUCCAGCUUUGGAAGCUGGCUGUUGUGGCCUUCCUGGCCCUGGCCCACUCCAGUUUCUUCACCAUGCUCUUUCUGGUGGCCGAGGAGCCCUACCUCUUCUCCCUGGCGGCCUACUCCUGCCUCGGGGCAUACAUCAUCAUGGUCUGCUUCCUCUGUAUCCUCAGCGGCAUGGAGCAGGCCUACCAGCUCCUGGCCUGGCGCGCCGGCAGGGCAGUGGGCAGCCUCGACAAGACAAGGAGGCUGGCGCUCAGACCAGCGCUGGCAGUGCUGGUGACCGCCGUGCUCAGCCUGGCGGGGCUGCGCAACGCUGCCCAGCCCCCAGCCGUGAGAACUGUGCAGGUGCCCGUCCGUUGGCUGCCCGCCUCCAUGGACAAUCUCAAGAUCGCGCUGCUCUCGGACAUCCACUUGGGCCCCACGGUGGGCAGGACCCAGAUGGAGAUGUUCGUGAAGAUGGUGAACACGCUGGACCCGGACGUCACGGUGAUCGUGGGUGACCUGUGCGAUGCCGAAGCCUCCGUCCUCCGGACGGCCGUCGCUCCUCUGGGCCAGCUUCGUUCUCGCCUGGGCACCUACUUCGUCACGGGGAACCACGAGUACUACACGUCAGACGUCAGCAACUGGUUUGCGCUGCUGGAAUCCCUGAACGUCAAGCCCCUUCACAAUGAGAACGUGAAGAUUUCUGCCACCCGGGCCCAGCGUGCCAGGGGUGCGGAUGGUGACUGGAUCUGCUUGGCCGGGGUGGACGACAUCGAAGCAGACAUCCUGCACUACUCCGGCCACGGCAUGGAUCUCGAAAAGGCCCUGGGGGGUUGCAGCCCGGACCACAGCACCAUCUUGCUAGCUCACCAGCCCCUGGCUGCCAAGAGAGCCCUCCAGGCUCGGCCGGAUAUCAACUUGAUCCUUUCUGGGCACACGCACGCUGGGCAGAUCUUCCCCUUGAAUGUGGCAGCCUAUCUCCUGAACCCCUUCUUUGCUGGUCUGUACCAAGUGGCCCAGACCACGUUUGUAUAUGUGAGCCCAGGCACGGCCUACUAUGGGAUACCCAUGCGACUGGGCAGCAGGGCAGAGAUUACAGAGCUCAUUCUGCGGCAGAUGAGCUCAUCCUGAACCCAUCCCUGCCCCUUGCGCCCCCUCCUUGCCCUCGCCCUCCAUCCCCGUCCCUCUGCAGAGCGGGCUGCCUGCUUCAUCCCCUCCAGCCUCUCCUGCCCACCCAUGCUUGUCACAAGAUGGGCUUGCACCGUGACCUGUAGUGGGGCUGCCUGGCAAGUCCAGGCAGGUUAACUCUGUAGAUGGCCAUCUGCUUCUUUAUAUGCAUUUGUGAAGCCACUAAAGUCACCUGUGUAAGAAC